AUGGCUGGCCUUCAUGUCGAUGAUGUUAGACCUAUAUAUAACACUGAAUUGAAACAUCCUCAAAGAAAUGAAUUUGAAGAAGAUUUUAGAAAAUCAGAUAUAACACUUAGUGACAUGGUCACAAAAGCAUUGCCACCCAACUAUGACUUUGAAAUACCCAAAACAAUCAAACGACUAAUGGAGCAUAAUGCCAAAGUUGUGGCUUUGCAAAUGCCAGAAGGAUUACUUCAAUGGGCUUGCGAAAUAGCCUCAAUUCUCAAGUUUUAUGCCCAUUUGAAUGAAGUUCUAGUGAUGUCUGACGUGACUUACGGAGCCUGUUGUAUUGAUGACCUUUCGGCUGUAUCCGUUGGCUGCGAUUUUAUCGUACACUAUGGACACUCAUGUCUAAUACCAGUUUAUAAGAUUGAUAUACCGGUUUUGUACGUUUUUGUGGAAAUUUCAUUUAAUCACCAACACCUAAUAGACACACUAGUGACUAAUUUUAAUACUACAGAUAAGUUGUGUCUAAUGGGCACGAUACAAUAUAUCACUAAUGCACACAAGUUGGCUUCUGAUGAUAAAAUUAAAAACUAUUUCAAAAAUGAAAUAGUUUUCCCCAAAACAAAACCGCUGAUGCCUGCUGAAGUACUGGGAUGUACUAGCCCCAAAUUAGAUAUUUGUAAAGACAAUAAAGAUGAUUUAAAAGUGAUAUUUAUUGCAGAUGGACGGUUUCACUUGGAAAGCGCAAUGAUACACAAUCCUGAGUUGCAAUUUUUCCGAUAUGACCCAUUUGUCAAAACAAUUAUGCAUGAAAAAUACGAUUUCACAAAAUUACAUAAGACAAGACUUGAAGCAAUUGAAUUGGCAAGAUCCAGCAAUUUAAUAUGUAUAGUACUCAGUACAUUGGGCCGCCAAGGAAACAUCAAUGUAUAUAACCAAAUUGAGCAGUUAUUAGUUGCUCAGGGUAAAAAAGUUGUAAAAAUGCUAUUGUCAGAAAUAUCACCCAACAAAUUAUCUCAAUUAAAAGAUGUUGAUGCAUUUAUUCAAGUUGGCUGCCCUAGAUUAUCAAUUGAUUGGGGUACUGGAUUUACCAAACCCCUACUAAAUCCAUAUGAAGCGUAUGUAGCCUUUGGUAAUGUUGAGUACAGGGCAAUUUAUCCUAUGGAUUACUACUCAGCCUCGGGGGGUGACUGGACCAAUCAAGCGGCCAAUUGCAAAUGUGGAGACAAUUGCACAAAUCUUGAAGAAAUAAGGAAUAGACUGAAGGAAAGGAGAAAAUCAUUACAAAUUAAGUUAGAAUGUUAA